AUGUCGCGCGAAGAAGGCGAAAUGCGAUCAGCAGCAGCCUUGUGCGAAUUGUACGAUGGUGAUGUUGUAGGUGACAUCAAUCAGCAUACUCACGGCACAGAGUUCUACGGUACAUCGUCCAACUUUGUGCUUCUCAAUCAAUUCUUCGUCUAUGCUCAGAAGAAUCUACCGCCCGGUCACCCAAACUCAAGCGGCAGUGCAGGCUUCCUUUCUGCCAACGCUCAAGAUAUAGGGCACGGCCUCGUUACACAAUCGCCAAUCUCCAUUGUCAAUCUCCUCUCUGACAGGGGAGUCUUGGAACCCCCUUCAAGACCAAAGACGCCCCCAACGCGACCGGGUGCCCAAGAUGAGGUCCAAGUGCGUUCAUCUCUUGAGACAAGACAGGAUACAGCGGGACUUGGGGACUCGGGCCAUCUCAACCCUCCCGCAGCUACCAGCCAAAGCAGAGUAUCCGCGGACAACUUGCUAUCAUCAUCGAGGCAAAGGCUAGAACGCGAAUACAUCAGACAGUUCUUCAACAACCUUCACCAUCUUCACCCUAUGCUUGAUCCUGUUGCUUUCGUCAAGCAAUGCGAGGAACUCGUCUGGAGCUCUCCAACCUCCAUGGAAAGUCACAAGACUCGGCGUCAUUUCUUCGCCCUAUACCAUAUAGUCGUGGCUGUAGGCGCGAUCGUCGCUGGCUCUUGUAUCACUCAGGACUUUGAGCGCGACAUCAAUAUCUGCAUGAAGCUUCCGGCUCAAGGACAAGACUUUAAUCCUUCUCAGCUAAGUCAAGAACUGUCGAAGAAGUACUUCCGGAAGUCCAGGAUGUUGCUCGGAGAUGUCUUUGAAGUUUGCUCUCUAGAGAGCGCACAAACACUUCUUCUCAUGUCUUUGUACUGUCAAAACUCCCUCAAACCUCACGCGUGCUACAUGUACUGCGGCCACGCCGUCCGCACAGCACUGGCCAUCGGUAUCGCGAGAGAGACUCCAUCUAACUCGAUUGAGGACCGCAAAGCAGCACGGAGAACUUGGUGGUGCAUAUACUCUCACGAGAUUGACAUGAGCUGCAGUGCAGGUCGUCGCGACAGUCUUGGCAAGCCCAGGAAUUACCAGAUUGAUAUGCCUCAUAUCAGAGGACAAAAUGUUGCCGUAUCGAACCAGCCUGAUCUUGAAAAUUGCAGCGCGGCUAUGAUCAACGAGAUGGUUCAUUUCGCUGCUGUCCUACGGCGAAUCUCAAAGGAACUAUACUAUGACUCGAAGGGUCUGACUUUGAUGCAGAAGUCCGCUGUUGCGAAGGAGCUCGAUCGCCUGCUUGACGACUGGAAAGACAAACUACCUGCUUAUCUGGACUUCACGGCCGUAUCAUUCCGUGAACAAGAAUGGGCAGCUAAACAGAAGCUUGUCCUUCAUCUCAGAUAUCUCAACGCAAGAAUCGUUCUCCAUCGUCCUUUUCUCGAGCAACCUAUGCUCACAGCAGAGGCCAACAUGUCUACCCAUGCUGAGUUAUGUCUGGAUGCAGCACGGAAGACGAUUUGCGUCAUGUAUGAUGCAUACGCAAACAGACACUACUUCCGCACUUGGUGGUACAACUCCACUUACACCCUGUACGCCGGGAUGAUCGUGCUGUAUAUCAUCAUGCUUGGUCCUACAGCUGUUCCAUCAGAGGACCUCCUCGCCGACGCUGUAAAAGCGCAUGAUAUUUUGCAAUCGAUGGAGGAGGCUACUGUUGCUCGAAGAAGUGCGAGUCUGAUACAGGAGGGACUAGAGGUAGCGCGGGCGUGCGUCCAGCGGCAACAGAGCAGGCCGCAUGGUGAUACUGAACAACCAUUCUUUGAUGGUACACAAGGUGACUUGAACAGUAUUGCAGACCAGUUUUCGAGUGCUGUCUCGGGACAGGAUCAUGCGCUGUUAGCUUCGAUUAUUGAUCCCAACUUGCUGCAAGAUUUCAUGGCGGCGGAUCAGGAUGCGCUCGGAUUGGGGUUUGAGAUGCCGUCUUUGGAUGGGUUGUAUGGUGAAGCAUUGGAUAUUGAUACUAUGUCAAUGAUGCCCUGA